GGAAAUCUUAGGGAGAUUGCCGCAAAGAUUCACGUCAUCAAGUAAGGGCUCCACCUUUGGUCGGGAGUGAUGGCGAUCCUGUUUUUAGGUAGUGCUUACAUAGCCAGUUCCUAGGUGAAUAAUUCAAUGCAAGAUCAAAAAAUGCUGUCCGGUCCCUUGCUUGCUGGUCGUGGGGAACGGCAUUUACCUUCCGAAGCCCUCAAUCCGGAGACCAUAGCAGCUGGGGCGAGAUCCUUAUCCCUUCUUUAAGAACAUACUUCGUCGUCAUGUUCUGUACUACUCGCCUUAUUUUUUCUUGGCUGGGUACCACUAGACUCUUUGAAGAUGUGACUGUGGCUUAAUAUUUCUCCUCUAACCCUUUCGGCAGAUGACCGAGCAGCCAGACGACCGCAUGAUCAUGAAAAUAGCAGCAUACAUUGUCGAGAUGGGUAAACGGUUGCCCUUCGAAUCUGUAGGUUCUCAGAGACCUCGUCACAUAUUCGACCUGUGGAAAAGUGGCGCCAAAAAAUCUUAAGGACGUAAUGGUGAAGAUGCAUGGUUGGAUUGGGAAAAAGCUACAAGAUUCUAUUAUAGAUUUACGUAAAUUUUUUGAAACUUGUGAAUGGCAAGCUCUAAAGAAGCAGAGGACGAGGAGGAGGAAGCGGUCCUACAAAAGAGAAAGAAAGUAACAAGAGGUACUGAUGAAGCAGCAGUUA